UAUAUAUCACAUCAUCCAGCGUGGUGGUGUUGGUGCCACUAAGACCUAAGCUAGCUAUCACAACCACCAGUCCCAACUGGAUCCCGAGAGAAACAAUGGCAGCAACUCACCACCCUCUCCCCGUCUCCAUGUACAUCAUUUGUCUCUGCUACCUGCUGUCGUUGACCAGUUCACCUCCGGGUCUGGCCACCGCGCUCUCCUUCAGCUUCAACUUCUCCAGCAGCAACUCCGGCGACCUCUGCGACAUGGUGCUCAGGUGCGAACGUGACGCGCGCAUGGGCUCCGGUGUCAUCGACCUAACGAAGAACGAGCUCAAAGCCAACUUGUACAGCGCCGGCCGGGCAUCGUAUGGUCGCCCGGUGCCGCUGUGGGACAACACCACCGGUGAGGUGGCCAGCUUCUCCUCCAACUUCACGUUCCAGAUCAGGCCCCAAAACGAGACGGAAGAGAAGUUCCCGAAGUGUGACUUGAAUGGCACCGAAGGCAUGGGGGACGGUAUGGCUUUCUUCCUGUCGCGCUACCCGUCGAGGAUCCCUCCCAACAGCUACGGCAUGAACCUCGCCCUCUUCAACGACAGAACCAGCUCAAACGCCAACGGCGAUGACCGCGUAGUCGCGGUGGAGUUCGACACCUACCGCAGCCACGGGGAGCAGAACGACAACCACGUCGGCAUAGACGUCAACUCCAUCAACUCGCAGAACUCCACAGAAGUGCUCAAGCGCCUGGGCUCCGAUGACGCCGUCGUGACAGCCGAGGUCACCUAUGACAACCGUACGAGUGUUCUGGUCGCCCGCCUCCAGGUCAGCGGCGACGAGCGGUGGUACACCGUGAGCACAUCGGUGGACAUGAAGGAGCACUUGCCCCAGCAGGUUGCCGUCGGCUUCUCUGCAGCAACUGGUGUCUGCAUCGAGCUGCAUCAGGUAUUGUCUUGGUCGUUUAGCUCCACUCUAGAAGAGGGCACUGUGCUAGCUACCAAUUCGCGGCGGCUACGGUGGCUAGUGCCCGUUCUGGUGCCUUCCGCGUCAGUAGCUUUUCUUGUGUUGCUUGUCGUCGGCAUCCUAGUAUAUCGACGGUGCAUAUGGGAUUCCAAUGACGACGAUGAAGAGGAAGAACAUGAGCAAGCUGAGUUCGAGAGAGGGGUAGGCCCUAGGCGAUACCGCUACCGCGAGCUCGCCGCUGCCACCAAGGGCUUCGCGGAGGAGGAGAAGCUCGGGCGAGGCGGCUUCGGCAGUGUCUAUCGUGGCAUGCUGGGCGACCAAGACGGCCCGGUGGCCAUAAAGAUGUUUUCUGCGGAAUCAUCUGCACAAGGGAGGAAAGAGUUUGAGGCAGAAGUGAAGAUCAUAAGCCGGCUGAGACACCGAAACCUUGUGCACUUGUUAGGAUGGUCGGAUAGCCGCAGAGGGCUCUUGCUUGUCUACCAACUCGUGCCGGAAGGCAGCCUUGACCGGCAUAUACACACCAGCUGUCUCACUUGGGCACAGAGAUACCAAAUUAUCCUUGGCCUGGGAUCUGCACUGCGCUAUCUUCACACGGAAUGGGAUCAGUGUGUGCUGCAUGGUGACAUCAAACCCAGCAAUAUCCUCCUCGACUCAUCGCGCAACACCAAGUUGGGGGAUUUCGGACUUGCGAGGCUUGUGGACCAUGGAGCCGGGCCGAGGACCACGCAGGUCGUUAUGGGCACCGCAGGGUACAUAGACCCGGAGUUCAUCCGCACACGCCGGCCAACCACUGAAUCCGAUAUCUACAGCUUCGGCAUGGUUCUACUGGAGGUUGUGUCUGGCCGGCGGCCGGACAUGGACAUGGACACCGAGCAACCAGCUGCAGGAGCUGACAAAGUGGUCAUCCCGCUGCUCAACUGGGUUUGGGACCUGUAUGAGAAGGGUGCCUUCAUCGAGGCAGUGGACGCAAGGCUAAACGGAGAUGAGCAGCUUGGCGACGGCCACGAUGGUAUGUGGCAGGUCCACCGCGCGCUGGUCGUAGGGCUCUGGUGCACGCACCCCGACCCGAGCGCGCGGCCGUCCGUCGCGCGGUUCAUGAACGUCUUGCAAUCGAAGGAAGUCACGAUGCCGACCGUGUCACGGCCGAGGCCGUCGUCCUAUAUUUUCCAUGGAUCACAUGGCUACAAUGCGUCGUCGUCUUCGGCCAAUAUUUGCAGCGAUGUCUCUUGGGCCAGCAGUGGCAGAUGAACAAACUUACCUUACUGGAUCCUGUUAUACGUGACAGUUUACCAGAUUGAUCCCUUAUACUGUUGUUUAGUUCUCUCUCUGUAUUAAACAGUUUUUUUGGUAUUCAUCCUCUAUAUGUAAAGCAUUUUAUACACACUGUAGUUUUACA